AGCGUCGCCUGCGCAGCCUGGAGCUCCCGAGCGUGUUCCUGUUUUUUGACCCCAGGGCUUGCUGAGGGAGAUUUGGGGGGGUCGCUGCCGUCGCCCCUGAACCCCGCAAUCGGCUUGAUCGCCCCAACUCCUGCGUGUGACGGAGGAGAGGGUUUGCGGGUGCAGGCUGGGGGGCCCCUUGCAGGGCCACCUCCUCCUCACCCCCUGGCUGGAAGGAAGAUGACCCAGGAGAGGCCCCCCUUCUACAGGCAGGAGCUCAACAAGACCAUCUGGGAGGUGCCCGAGCGCUACCAGAACCUGUCCCCGGUGGGCUCCGGCGCCUAUGGCUCCGUGUGUGCUGCGUUUGACACAAAAACUGGGUUACGAGUGGCAGUGAAGAAGCUCUCCAGACCUUUUCAGUCCAUUAUUCAUGCCAAGAGGACAUACAGGGAAUUGCGGUUACUUAAACAUAUGAAACAUGAAAACGUAAUUGGUUUGUUGGAUGUUUUCACACCUGCGAGGUCUCUGGAGGAGUUCAGUGAUGUGUAUCUGGUGACUCAUCUCAUGGGGGCAGAUCUGAACAACAUUGUGAAAUGUCAAAAGCUUACAGAUGACCAUGUUCAGUUUCUUAUCUACCAAAUUCUCCGAGGACUCAAGUAUAUACAUUCAGCUGACAUCAUUCACAGGGAUCUAAAACCUAGUAAUCUGGCUGUGAAUGAAGACUGUGAGCUGAAGAUCUUGGAUUUUGGACUGGCUCGACAUACGGAUGAUGAAAUGACUGGCUAUGUGGCCACUCGGUGGUACCGGGCUCCUGAGAUCAUGCUUAAUUGGAUGCAUUAUAACCAGACAGUUGAUAUCUGGUCAGUGGGAUGCAUAAUGGCCGAGCUGUUGACUGGAAGAACGUUGUUUCCUGGUACAGACCAUAUUGAUCAGUUGAAGCUCAUUUUAAGACUCGUUGGAACCCCAGGGGCUGAGCUUUUGAAGAAAAUCUCCUCAGAGUCUGCAAGAAACUACAUUCAGUCUUUGACCCAGAUGCCGAAGAUGAACUUUGCAAAUGUAUUUAUUGGUGCCAAUCCCUUGGCUGUCGACCUGCUGGAGAAAAUGCUGGUGUUGGACUCAGAUAAGAGAAUCACCGCAGCCCAAGCCCUCGCUCACGCCUACUUUGCUCAGUACCACGAUCCUGAUGAUGAACCAGUGGCUGAUCCGUAUGACCAGUCCUUUGAGAGCCGGGACCUCCUUAUCGAUGAGUGGAAGAGCCUGACAUACGAUGAAGUUAUCAGCUUUGUGCCGCCUCCUCUUGACCAAGAAGAGAUGGAGUCCUGAUCGCCUGCCUGACUGCUCUUCUGUCGUCCCGCCUCACUGUGAGGGGAAGGCCUUUUCACGGGGACUCUCCAAAUAUCAUUCAAGUGCC